AUGACUGCUGAACUCGAUAGCACACCGAAUCUUGUUGGAAUGGAAGCAUGGUCACGUAUGAAUCGAGGCUUUAAUGCUUAUCCUUCAUCUCAACAACAUCAUCAUCAUCAAGCUCAACAACAACAAAAUCACCAUCAUCAACAUCAUCAAGCUGUUCUCCCGAUGCAUCCUCAUCCUCAACAGCAUCAACAACAACCUUCCCCUCAACAAUCUCACACUCAUUAUCAACAAACUAGACCAAACUUACCUCCAAUUGGUGGUUAUCAUAAUUCUGGACCAAACAAUAAUACCAACGGUUUAUUGAGUUCAAAUACUCCUGUAUCUUACGCUACUAAUCAAUAUGGAAAUCCUUCUAUGAUAAAGACCGAACAAUCUUCGGUUCAAAAUAGUUCUUCUCCAAAUGUUACUACUGCAUCAAUGGAAACUUUUAGUAAUAUUACCAAUGGUAUCAGCAAUAGAAAAGCAUCAGCUACUACUACUCCUAUAACAUCCCCAACAAAGAAUCCCCAAGAUCUCGUAGUAGAAACUCAUAUUCAAGGAAAGCCACCGUAUUCCUAUGCUACCUUGAUCACUUAUGCAAUUACAAAUAGUCCAAACAAACAACUUACUUUGAACGAGAUUUACAACUGGGUUAUGGAAAAUUAUCCUUACUAUAAGACUGCCGGUACUGGAUGGAAGAACUCCAUUAGACAUAAUUUGUCUUUGAAUAAGACUUUUGUUCGUGUCCCUCGUCCAAUCAAUGAACCAGGUAAAGGUUCUUACUGGACAGUUGAUUUCCGUGCCGCUGAAGCUGAACAACAACAUCGUUCACGAAGCAGAAAUAACAGAUCUUCAAGUGAUCCAACUCCUUAUCGAUCAGAUCCUUGGAAUUCUUAUGAUCGUAGAUACAGAGAACCCAUGACCGCUGUACCAGAAAUGAACCGAUCGUAUUUUGAUAGUGUAGUAGGAGUAGGUCAAUAUGGUGGUAUGCAAAAUAUGCAAUCUCCUUAUCGUCCUGUAGUACGUUCUCCACGAGCUUACACUCACACAACAAUGGGACAACCCUACCUUCCCGCUCAAGGUCUUGGAAGUGGUGCAACCGGAAUUGCUGGAACACAACCAACUAUGCCAUAUACCGCCGGUGCCGGCAUCGGUAAUAUUACCGCUGUCACAAAUUACGAUCUUGAAUACACAAAUCUUCACAGUCAUGCUACAGCCGCUCAUGUAGAUGGUCAUAACGCUGCCUUUAAUGGUUAUGGUGCUCAUCCAAUUUACCAAUCACAAAUGACAACACAUUCAGACAACAACACAUCGGUAGCUCACACAUCUUUCGUUUAA